AUGGCCAGCUCGAAUGUGUCCGACUGGGAUGAGCCGCUGCCGACGUCAUCGACCGAGGAGGUCGAGGAGGAGGAUCCGGACUACUGCGCGCCCAGCAAUCGGCAGCGCAGGCAGGAGGAGAACGUGGAAAAGCUGCGCUCAUAUGUACGCCGCAUGGCCUAUCAGCCAUCCAUGCCGCCCAAGGCACGGCCCGGCGAUGUGGCCCGAUCGCAGCCCAAAAUCAAUUCACUGAUCGAGAACUAUGCGCAAUUCAAGGACUACUACGACCCAAAGCUGCGGGCCAAGCGCAUCAAGCGGAUGCUGGGCAAAUACAAUGCCAUAACCACAGAACAGCUCGGUGAGGUGCUGAAGAGCAACGAGACGAAGGAGCGACGCAAGGAGGACUUCUUGAAGCGCAAGCAGGAGCUGUACUACAACAUGCUGACCAAACUGGAGCGCCAGUGUCGUACACAGUACCUGAACGUGCUAAUCAAGAAGUUUGCCAAGUUCAUCGCCCAUUUGGCCACCACAAUGCGCAUACCGCCGCAGCUGGUCGAUCCGUAUGCCCGCAUGCAGCGCGGCAUCUUCUGCAACGUUCUGCUGGCCAUCGGUGUGCAGCCGGCCUCACAGUCGGCCAUCUACUACACCAGCGAGGAUGCCAUCGAGUACGAUGUGUGCCAUCGCCUCGCGCACGCUCUGCUCAGUCUCGUGAUCAAGGCUUUGGAUUCGGCGGCAGCACGCGAUCCCAACGAGCUGGCCAAGCCCGCUGACCUGGACCUGGAGAUGGACAAUCACAUCAAGCGUCGCCUCAUGUGCGCCGCCGAGAAGAAGAUCGCCUACGAGCGGCGACGCAACAGGCAGCAGCCGGCAUACAAGAAGAGCGCCUUCGAGAAGUGCAGCGCCCCCCAAUGCGAGUAG